AUGUCGUUUCUGCCGUCGUUUACGGCGCUUGGAGCAUCGUCCAGCUCGACAUCGUCGUCGUCGUCGGCGGGACCAACAUUCAAGCCGGCAUCGCUAUCGUACUUUACCAUCUUCUGCCCUGCACUCAAGCCACCCAAGUCCCAUCGCGCGCAACAAGACGAUGACGCCGAGCAGGAUCCCGAUGCUCUGGAGGAGGAGCGUGAAUCCGCCCAAAUCCUCUUCUACACCAGUCGCGCUCGAGCAGCUCCUAAAGAUCGAAUGCUUCGUCAGAUCGGUGUAGCCAAAGGCAUGAUCGAAUUCUGCAGCAUGGUCCAUUCCUCCCCCAGCGAUGAUGCGGGUCGGACGUGGAACGUGCAUUCAAGCAAACGACGGAUGAUCCUCGUCGAGGUAGAGGCGGGUGUCUGGGUCCAUGCUAGCAUCGACCUUGCCUACACCACCACCACCUCGUCAGCCGAUGCCAAACCGAAGCGCGAGUUUCACGACGACCUGCUUCCAGAUGCUUGGUUGGAAGAAGGAAUUCGCAGAUCGUGGAUCGAUUGGACGCUACUCAAUGGUGGACCUGCACAUGUUCUUAGUCAGAAGACGGGGAGGGUGGGGCUGGAACGGUCGCUGGAAAAGUACUUUUCCGUCUGGGCGUGGAGUUGGGAUUUGGAGGCUGCAACGAAUGCAGGGUCGACCAAGCAGCACGGGUUGUUGGCGGAGUGUGUACAGGCGUAUCCUGUGGUACCGCGUGGACCACGCGAAAGGAUCGAAGAGCUCAUGCGGUCGGAUGUUGCACAGCGGCUAGGUCGAGAGCGCGAGAUGGUCGUGCUUUCCGAUACCCAGCUUCUAUGGCCGCCGAGCGAUGCAGGCUGUUUCGACGACCCACGCGACACCAAACCCACGCAACCACAAAGAGAGGCAGGGCAGAUGGACGCAGCGACGAAAGCGGAGCUGCUACGGCGGGUAGUGAGUCAUCUAACAGGGCUGGAACGGGAGCGCGAGCUGGUGCGUGCAGCGGCGGUAGCAAGUACGAGCGACGGACGCCGACGCGGCACAUCGGGCGCCAUUCGGGAACGUGGUUCGAGCAGUACGAAGCGCGAUGUGCGUACGGGGCUGCUGUCCAACGGUACGGGUGCAGGCAAGAUGCGCGUGGUGUCUUCGCCUGCCAUGCAGCAACGCUCCACGAGCGCGUCGAGCCAUGCAUCGACGACAAGCGACUCCACACGCUGGUCCAACUGGGGCGGCAUGCUGAGUGGACUCGGCAAGCUGGGCCUACGCAGCAGCGAGACGCCCGCUCGCACCGAAACGCCCGAGCCCAAACCAGCGACCGAGGAGAACGCGGCAGGCGCGUCUGCGAUCUCGAUGGCGCCUAGCGAUGGCGGGGGCGGCAAGGCGGGCGAUGUGGCGAGCCCACUAGGUUCGCUGCAGGAUGCGGGGGAGAAGGUGUGGAACGGUGCCGAGCUUGCGCUGCGUGGCCUGGGCGCGUCGCUGGGACUGGCGAGUGCGUCGGUGGGGUCGAGGGAGGAUGGCGCAGCGUCGCGCGAGGCCGAGGUGUCGGAGCAGGAGCGAUUUGCCGACGCUUCGUUCGAUACGAGUGGCGCCGAGGCGGAUGCGAGCGUGGUGACCAAGGUGUCGAUCCUGGAGCCCGAGGUGGACGUCGACGAGCUGGCGGAAGCGCUGGGAGCCGAAGAAGCCAGCCAUGCAGAUGAGGCCGCCGCGCAGCCGGACGAAGCUGAACCCGUGGCACCGGCGAGCAAGGCUGUGGACGACAGGGAUGCGGACGCGGCGUCGAUUGGGACGACGGCGAGUGCCAAGGCGUUUCCUUCGAUCUCGGUGACCUCGGCGGCAUGGUACAGCAAAGCGGUUCGGUCGGAAGCGACGGUGUCGACGAAUUCGCCACAGCUGUCCAGCGGUGGAGAUUCGCAAGAUGCAUCGCUGGGUGCCGGGCAGCACCACGACUUUGAGCUGGACGGAUGGGGCCACGAGACUGCGCAGCCUUUCGAGAGCUUCCGAGUGCACGUCGGGGGUGCUGAGGAGCCGUUAUGCCACGAGAGCGUAUUGGCACUGCAGGAGGAGCCGUUCAGGUGCACGCCGUACCGGGUCCUCUUCACCACCCGCCGACUGCUGACGAUGGUGCUGAUCGAGCGCCUCCCCUUGGACAGCGGGUCAACGCUCAGUGUCACGUCGAAUGAUCUGCUGGACGACGUGUGGAUGGUGUUGCGACGUAUGCAGCGGCUUCUCAACGACCAUGCGCGCUCCGCACCGCCUCCAAGCGACAGCGUAGGAUUCGUUCACAUCGAUGGGCUCACACAGACGAUGCACAGUACACUCUCGGCGACAGGCGAGAACGAUGGCGAGGUGGAGGUGGUGGCGGAUGCGCACUGUGUAUCUGCCCACGAGCUCAUGCGUCGUCACGGCGUGCUCGAGACGUUUUCGCGCUCGAGUCACGGCAAGACGUGGACGGCCAGUCGACAGCGCCUGCACAAGGAGGGAGGUGCGAGUCAGACGUACAUGGUGCUGGCGGGCAGGAAGAUGAGCAUUGUAGAUUGCGAUACCGAGCUGCGCAAGCUCGCUCACCAGUAUCCGAGCUUUGGCAUCUGA